GCGGACCCCAGGUCACUAACGAAAUCGCUCCUGCGUUCAUUGUGUUUGUUUGGAUCUGGAAGGCUCUGCGCACGGAGGUGCUUCGCUGGACUCAGUGAAAUUUGAAAGCCUUCGGACAAAUUCUGCGUCAUCUCAUGGGCGUCGUCAGAAUCGUUCUCCUGAAAAGAUCAUCCCUUUUCAAAUCUCUUCGUGGCCAAACCUUGCUCCACCUUGGACCAGGACGUUGUUGGAUAGCUUUGGCCGCAUGGCGUACGACCAGACGCAGGGUGGCGACGAGGGCUCGUGGUCGCAGCGAAGCGAUGGGUAUAGAAGAAGAGCCCCGUUCCCAGCGACAGUAGUUUGCGAUACUGGAGCUGAGCAGACUUUGAGAGUAACCGCACCUUCAUCCGGACUCGGCGGAUGUUCUCAGCCUUAUGGGAUCUAUUAUCCGAAUAGUGGUUAUCAACAACCUCUAUCGCCAGGACACAAUACUGUCGAGAGUAAUGCAUAUCAAAGAUAUACUGACGCAGUAAGCGCUUCGCAGAGUAGUCCCAUAGCGCAAUUCGAGUACGCACCACAGAACACCUUCCCUGGUGGGCACCGGUAUGUGUCUGGAAAACGACCAAUGUCGCCCGCCCGCUGACUUAGUAAUAGCUACGUGAGUACCUAUCCACCAAUAGGACACGAUACGCAUCAAG